CUGAGAGCUUCUUCCCGCUGCCAUCGACUUACCUUGAAUACCGCACAGCAUCGCCACUCUCUACGACUCAGUUUCAGACAGACAGGAGACUUAGCAUCCUGUCCGCAAAUCUCGAACAUCCUUGUAUCUGCCGCGGUGUCGCCCGGCCAAUCAGUAGACUAUAGACCUAUUUCGAAAGGAAUUGGUUUUCUGUCAUGUCGCUGCCACAAUUACUUGCUCGUGUAGUGUUCCAGGGGACGCAAAUUGUGGGAAAGGCGUUUGCCGAAGCUGGUAGACAAGCAUGGCGAAAUGCAAGGACAGUACCAGCAGAAGCAUCAGCAGCCGGUGGAGCAGGAGCAGGAGGGGCAAACAGCGCAAGCGGAAACUCAAAGGGAGAUCAGCUGACACGGACACAUAGAAUGACAGUGGAGGAGGCACGAAUGAUCUUGAAUCUCAAGGCGCAGGAGGGCGAGGUGGUCGAGGAGGCAAAGGCGAGGCUUACAAAAUCAUACGACCACCUCUUCGCCGUCAAUGCACCGCCGGCGCCGAAAGGUCAGAAGGGAGGUGGAUCAGGGUCGUUCUAUAUGCAGUCAAAGGUGGUCAGGGCAAGGCAGAGGAUCGAAGCCGAGUGGGAGGAGCAGCUGCAAGCGGUCAAGGAAGCUGCAAAGCCAGAUGCAGGAGCAGACCAGAGCCAAACACCACCUCCACCGCCGCCGCCUGCGCAAUAGAGGAUGCUCGGACUCGCACUCAUUCGAAGUCAUCGGCGGCACUCGCCACGGCU